AUGUUAAAAAUUUUUCCAGAAUGCUGUGGAAAGGCACGUUUCAUUCUUAACGGCUAUCCCGAUACAUCUGCCACCUUGUGCUAUGGUGAUCUUGUGAACUAUCUGUGCGACAGAGGAUACAAGUCCUCAAACAGCACGCCUAUCGUCUGCUCGUCACACUACGAAUGGAAGUACAUACCACUGCCUAAAUGUGAACCUGAUGGCCACUGUAACAUCAGUGAUGUCCCAGUUCCCGAGAAUGGUUUCGCCUCUUGCUCAGGAAGUGAACUCGAUAAAGUUUGUUACAUUCGCUGUGAUAAGGGAUACACUUACAUGUCAGACCGCACCGUGUUUGAAUGUGGUGCUCCAACUAGAUGGGGGUGGAAGGUCAGUGAUAAAAGCGGAAAGUACAUGAGAGCUGACGUAGGGCGUUGUGAAGCUACUGGGGACACACUGGCAAAUAUUGUGAUGGGUAUUAUCGGACCCAAGAUCACCAUGGCGUCAUUAAAGUCUGAUGAAAAAUUGAAGCAGGAAAUCAUAUCGGAAAUGAAAAGAGAAUUGAAAAAGAUGAAUGUCUGCACCGAUCCAUGCGAGAUAAAAGAUAUACAAGUAAAAAGGGUACACGGAAGCUAUCUACGACGGGCAAUAUCCCAAUCAAAGCUAUUCAGAAUGAUUAUUAACCUUUAUGCGGCCGUCCCUAGGGGAUCCUUAAUCACGCAGCAGUCAGCAACUCUUGCUCUGUCCAAAAACCUGAAACAUCUGAGAACUCAGGCGGCAGCCAUCAAAUCGGCCAUAGAGUCCCAAACCAUAUCCUUACAAAUAGAUGGCGUUACCGUCCCAGUAAAGGUGACCUGCCCGGAAGGAACAUACCAUGACGUCGAUGAAGAGAAAUGCGCAGCUUGUCCAUUUGGUCAGUAUCAGGACGAAGCUGGUCAGUUGACAUGCAAGCAGUGCCCCAAUGACACUACCACGGAUAGAAUUGGAGUAAAUAAUGUGUCCAAGUGCAGAAACUUCGUCUGCGAUUGCCUGCCAGGUUAUGAAGCAAACGUGAAUGGAACAUGCACAGAUGUCAAUGAAUGCCUUGAGGACGUCUGUCCGGAUAAUGCUCGCUGCGUAAACAAGGAAGGCUCCUUCAGAUGCGAAUGCUUAACAGGUUUUCAAGGAGGCACUUGCUUUGAUAUUGAUGAGUGCAAGCGUCCUGACGCAUGUCCCAGUGCUGGGAUGCAGUGUAUCAACACUGUGGGGAGUUAUAACUGCACAUGUAAAGGUGGACUUUUCGGAGACAACUGUGAUGAGGACUGUCCUGAUAAGUUCAUUUUAAUUGGUAAUACCUGUCAACAUAUUUCGGAAGGACAGGGGAAUUUCUCCGAGGCUACUCACGCAUGUUCUGCCAUCUAUCCCGAUGCCCGCCUCGUUGACAUCAAAGACAAACUCGCAUUUAAAACACUUACUAAUUUUCUUCUAAAGGAUAGAUCGUAUUGGAUAGGUUUGAACGAUAUCUCAAAAGAAGGUGACUUUGUGUACAGUGAUGGAAGCAAUAUGGGUACCUACAAUGAAUGGGGAACCGGGAACACCUUACCAGCGUCCAAUGACCCUAACAAGAACUGUGUCAUUAUGGAUGGGCCGUCGGCUUUUAUAUGGAGAGUUGUUGACUGCAGCAGCAAGCGUUAUAUCAUCUGCGAGCUCCAAAGAGUUUAAAUAUAUCAUCUGUAUGUGGACGAUAAAUGUUAACAUGGACGUUUAUUUGAUGAUAUAAGAUUAUCUGUAGAACAUGUCCAGUGAUAUCCAGUGGUUGACUGGAAAAACAGCACGUGAUAUGUAUGGAAGUGUAUUUUAAAUUUGAUUUAAAUAUUAAAUCAUUUUUAAUUAUAUUGACAUAUAAGUAUUCACCAAUAAUCACGCAGUGGUUCUUUUUGCAUUUGCGACGAUGAACGAUGCAAUUUUGACUGUUUAUACUUCUUCCCCAUUUAGAAAAAGUGUAACAAUAAUAUUGGUAUUGAUCUUUAAAGGGUGAUACUCAAAUGGUUAAGAUGACUUUAGUAAACAGUAUGCAGUUUUCCAGUAAUGACGGAGUGACUGUUUUCAGCUUAUUCCAAAUGUUUUGGUUUAUAUAUAAUAGAAAAAAAAUAUAUGUACAUAAAUGUGUAAUGACAGUUUAAUUGACGCCAUGUUUUUCCUUCUUCUGCGAUAUUAACAGUAUGUAGUCGUUGCGUUGUUGAUUUGUUAUUGUCAAAUAGACCCAAGUGUACAUUUAAGAUUAAGGCGCAAAGGCUAUCAUAGAUCAUGUAGGUGUGAAGGUUUAAAUGAUAUGACAUCAAUAGCUCACUGGAUAUCUUGAUAAGGGUGCUCUUAUAUCCACGGUGCACAUGUGUCUAUAGAUUGGUCUUUCGUGUUUCACUAAACACGUCCAAGCACACAUUUUUUACGUAAAUACAUUUUUAAAGUUUGUUUUAUUUGAAUUCGCUAUUUUAUAUCUCUAGAGGAAGAAAGUGAUGUAUUCAUACAGUGUGUAUUGAUACAGUAAAUAUAUAAUGAUACAAUAUCUAGAUUUUGAAACAAUA